AGUGAAGCGUUUGUUUCUGUUUUGCACCGAUAAAUGAGGAACAGAGGAAAGAUACACAUUUUAAGAUUUGAUUUGAUUUCAAGUACACAUUAUCCACGUGUAUCUAAAUAAAUUCCCUAGUAUCGAUAUUUUUUUAUACGCAAAGGGACGACGUACGGCUGGGUUUCCCUUUCGAGGUCGGUACAUAACAAAGCAUUUGUCAUGCCAUCACCGAAGAAGAGGGCAUUGCCCAAACCCCUCCCAGAAGGAUUCCUGUUGACCGACAGCGAGAAGAAGAACUGGAGGCUGGGAAAAAUCAUCGGUCAAGGUGGCUGUGGACUCAUCUAUUUAGCCUCCCGUGAUGUGGACAGACCUGUUGCAGCAGACUCUGACUUUGUCAUAAAACUGGAGUACCAUGAGAACGGCCCCCUGUUCUCCGAGCUCAAGUUCUACCAGAGGUCGGCCAAAGCCGAGAGCAUGCAAAAAUGGAAGGCGAAAAGGAACCUGGACUUCCUGGGCAUACCAACCUACUGGGGAUCAGGACUCGCUGAAUAUAACGACCUGAGGUAUCGUUUCAUGGCCAUGGACCGGCUGGGCAGUGACCUUCAGAAAAUCUUGGAACACAGCGGAGGUCGGCUGAAGAAGGCCACAGUUCUCCAGCUUGGUCGAGGACUGGUGGACAUUCUGGAGUAUAUUCAUGAGAACGAGUAUGUGCAUGCAGACAUUAAAGCUGCCAACCUCAUGCUGGGCUGCAGAGACCCCGAACAGGUCUAUCUCGCAGACUACGGGCUGUCCUACAGAUACUGUCCUGAAGGAGUCCACAAAGAAUACAAGGAAAACCCCAAGAAGGGCCACAAUGGAACCAUUGAGUACACCAGCCUUGAUGCCCACAAAGGACUUGCUCCAUCCAGACGUGGUGACCUGCAGAUUUUGGGUUUUUGUCUUCUUCACUGGUUAUGUGGCUCUCUACCUUGGGAGAAACUUCUGAAGUACCCAACUAAGGUCCAGGAGGCCAAGGCCAGUCUGAUGGAUAAUCUUCCAGACUCAGUCCUACAGCUGUCUGUGAGAGGAGCCAGCACAGAUGAAGUGGAGGCGUUCCUCAGUUAUGUGAAAGCUCUGGACUACCAAGAGAAGCCAAACUACCAGCUCCUCAAACACCUGCUGGCCAGUGUCCACACCGGAGGGCUGGACUUCUCCAUGCCUCAAGAACCUGCAGAGGGGUCUGCAACCAAGCCCACCAAUGUGAAGAAAGCAGGACGUGUCAAAAGGCCACCCAAAGCCAAGGCUGUGGAGGACGAUAAAGAGGAGGAGAAGAAAGCUAAACCUGUGCCAGCUCGCUACAUACGAGGACCCCCCCUCGAUAAACCUCAGGCCCAAUCACAGAAGGAAGUUGAAGGUGUGCCCGCUGUCAGCAGAUCCUUUAGGCCAAGAGCGGCUGUGGCUUAUGCAGAAAAUGACAGUGAAUCUGAGGAGGAAGAGGAGGACGAAGAGGAUGGUGAUUAUGAGGGGGAUGAGGAGGAGGAGGCCAGUCCCAGACCCAUCGCUGCAUGCUAUCUGAGGGGCCCCCCUAUCGGCCGCGUAACUCAGUCGAAACAGAAAUUGACCGGCAGAAAAGCAGACGGUUUGUCGUCGACUCUGGAGGGCAAGAAACAACAACUCCUGAUGCACGGGAGGAAACACUGGGAUGCACAGGGGGGGAGAAGGGAGGAAAGGAUGCCCAACCAGGAGUAUGUGAACCAGGGGUGGGCAGCUCCUAAGAAUGACUGUGACCUGCCUCAGACUCAGUGGUACGAACACACACAUGCAGCUCCUCCCACACGCAGAAACGGUUUGCUCUCCAUGUUCUUUUUCGCAAGCGUAUUCCUUUUCCUGGGUGCUGCUCUCUGUGUUUGCCAUCGUGAAUUCAAACCUUUUUGAAAAAAAUUCAAGGGAUCUUCUAGUCUAUCAUCACUGGAACACACUCCUUAGGACUUCUGGGCGGCCAUUUUCACCGUAAUAGGCUGAAACAGAAGGAGAAGCUUAUUGAAUCUGGUAUGAAAGAUCGCUUUGUGAACAAAUGAAGUGUGCUCUUGUGUCUAACUGGACUGUAGAUGAAGGACUCCCACAAAAGUCAUUAAACUGCCUUUGAUCAAACGAUAGAUAUGGAGUAUCAAACACUUAACUUCCUCCAUCACACAAGAAUAAGUGAAUGCAGCGUACAGAGAGAAGGUUAUGUAAAGAUUUGUGCUAAUUAAGUAAGAUGAAUGUCUUCUAUUGACAGUGAAGGCCUUUGUGAAGCGCACACACACACACACACACACACGUACCUUGCUGCAGUAAGGGCACUCUCCGAAAACAAUGCUGAAGCUCUGCCGGCUGGAGGGGAGCGCUCGCAACCACUGGAGGAGGACAGAAGAAAGACAGAAACACUUUGGAUCCAAUGUGUCAAGUGAUAAUAACCCCUUGUUUCAAGGUACACCUAUUACUUCAGGCUUUUCAAGAGAAGCAUUUUAAAGGGCUUUUAUGUGGGACUUAAGGAAUGUCUUCCUGACACCUUUUUCUAGGCUCUAAAGAAGCGUCUGUAUGCUGCAGGAACUAAGUCUGGAAGUGAGAGAGGUCAAUGGUUUUAUUUUGUUUCACUGUAAGCCAGUAAAUACGCCACUGAUGAGGCUUUAUGUGCCUUAAAAACAGCAAAUGCUAAUACUAAGUGACCAAACAAGAUACUGAAAGUUAUCACAGCAAUAUUAGCCGCCUUUAGCUAAGUGGUGGGGAUGCACAGUCAUGCAACCGGGAUGUGGUUUGUUUAUUAGCCUUACGUUAGCUUGAUUUGAUAUUUAAAAACAUACACUAACAGCGGUUUUGGUCACGGGAACCAGGAAGAUGCUCAUUUUUGUUCACUGCACCACUCUAUCCAGAGUAUUUAAACAAAGUAGUCCCUGCUCAGGCGGUUGGAGCUCAUUUCCUGUGUGGUGAAGCAGCAGUGAUCCACCUUUUAAUAGUCCUUCUCCAAACCUCUGAGUGCCAAGUAGAAAGAAACUGCUAUCAGUAUCAGAAACGCUAGUACAGCUUUUGAAACCAUUAAAAGAUUUGUAUCAAACCUGAGAAGCACCAAUGUUACUACAGAAAUCCCCUACCUGGCUCACUUUCAAAAUGGGGUUUUAAUGAAACUCUCUUCGGUUGUAUCAAAGCUGAAAAGCACAUUGAAUGUUUAACCAGUAUUUACAUAUAUCCAGAAUAAAAGCACAUGUUGCAAUUGCA